AUGUCGAGCUUAUCAGACGCGUCACGCCUGAAGGCAACGGUGUUUGUUGGCGGCCUCGACCAAGCAGUUACCCAGCAAACCCUUUUCCAGGCCUUCCUGCCAUUUGGAGACAUUGUCGAAGUCAACCUGCCGAAACCAGAUCUGCCAAAUUCGAACGAAACACAUCGAGGCUUCGGCUAUGUUGAGUUUGAGGCCGCUUCAGACGCCGCAGAUGCAAUCGACAACAUGGACCGAAGCGAACUGUUCGGGCAGGUGAUCAAAGUUGCAGCUGCCAAGCCGCAGAAAGAUCACGCUGAAGGUCUGGGCAGCAAGACAGCUGUUUGGGAGCAGGAGGGCUGGCUGGCCAAGCAUGCUGUGAGCGAGGAAGACCGUCAAGCCACUGAGCAACAGCAGGAGGAAGCCAACGGUCCAAUGGAUCCCAUGCAAGGUCUGGAGGGGCUUGACGAGGCGGGCCCUAAGGCUGCUUGA